AGCGGCCGAUGACGUGGCGCUGCCGGAGCCGCUCGGUGGCGCGCGCCUGCUGAGGCCGAGCCGGAGCCGGAGCCAAGAGCGCAGCGGCCGAUCUCGCAGCUCAGCGCCGCCGACAUGCCGCUCUGGACCGUGUCUCUGCUGUUGGCGUGUAUUGGUCUCAACGUGCUGCGCGGUCGGGCAGAUGAACACGACCACACGUAUGAAGAUAAAGAAGAAGUUGUCUUGUGGAUGAAUACUGUUGGGCCCUACCAUAAUCGGCAAGAGACAUACAAAUACUUUUCCCUACCCUUCUGUGCAGGGAAGAAAAAGACUAUUAACCAUUACCAUGAAACAUUGGGAGAAGCUCUUCAAGGAGUAGAGCUGGAGUUUAGUGGACUUGACAUCAAAUUUAAAGAUGAUGUCAUGCAAAGUACUUACUGUGAAAUUGAGCUGGAUAAACAAAAGCGAGAUGCCUUUAUUUAUGCCAUAAAGAACCACUACUGGUACCAGAUGUACAUUGAUGAUUUGCCAAUUUGGGGGAUUGUAGGUGAAGCAGAUGAAAAUGGAGAAGAUCAUUACCUCUGGACCUACAAAAAACUUGAGAUCGGUUACAAUGGCAAUCGAAUUGUAGAUGUCAACUUAACCAGUGAAGGAAAGGUCAAGUUGGUAGCUAAUACAAAAAUUCCAAUGUCUUAUUCGAUGAAAUGGAAGAAAUCUGAUGUGAAGUUUGAAGACCGAUUUGAUAAAUAUCUUGAUCCAUCCUUUUUUCAACACAGGAUUCACUGGUUUUCUAUCUUCAAUUCCUUCAUGAUGGUUAUUUUCUUGGUUGGAUUGGUUUCCAUGAUUUUAAUGCGUACAUUGCGAAAGGAUUAUGCUCGGUACAGUAAGGAAGAAGAAAUGGAUGAUAUGGACAGAGAUCUGGGAGAUGAAUAUGGAUGGAAACAAGUUCAUGGGGACGUAUUCAGGCCGUCUAGUCAUCCAUUAGUAUUUUCAUCACUGAUAGGGUCUGGUUGCCAGAUUUUUUUUGUGUCCCUUAUCGUCAUCAUUGUGGCAAUGAUAGAAGACUUGUACACAGAGAGAGGGUCCAUGCUAAGUACAGCGAUAUUUGUGUUUGCUGCAACCUCGCCGCUGAAUGGCUAUUUUGGAGGGAGUCUGUAUGCUCGACAAGGAGGCAGAAGAUGGAUAAAACAAAUGUUCAUUGGGGCUUUUCUAAUCCCAGCUAUGGUGUGUGGAACUGCAUUCUUCAUAAAUUUCAUUGCGAUCUAUUAUCAUGCAUCCAGGGCUAUUCCUUUUGGAACAAUGGUUGCCGUUUGCUGCAUAUGCUUUUUUGUCAUCCUCCCACUAAACUUAGUGGGGACUAUUCUUGGCAGAAACAUGUCAGGACAGCCCAACUUCCCUUGCCGUGUAAAUGCAGUACCACGUCCAAUUCCAGAGAAGAAAUGGUUCAUGGAGCCAGCUGUUAUCGUAUGUCUUGGUGGAAUCCUGCCAUUUGGUUCUAUUUUUAUUGAGAUGUACUUCAUCUUCACUUCUUUUUGGGCAUACAAGAUAUAUUAUGUCUACGGUUUCAUGAUGCUUGUUCUGGUUAUUCUCUGCAUAGUCACAGUCUGUGUUACCAUUGUCUGCACUUAUUUUCUGCUAAAUGCUGAAGACUACAGGUGGCAAUGGACAAGUUUUCUUUCAGCAGCAUCUACUGCAGUCUAUGUUUACAUGUACUCCUUCUACUACUAUUUCUUCAAAACAAAGAUGUAUGGACUGUUUCAGACAGCAUUCUACUUUGGGUACAUGGCAGUAUUCAGCACUGCACUUGGGAUCAUGUGUGGUGCUGUCGGUUAUAUGGGAACAAGUGCCUUUGUCAGAAAGAUCUACACUAAUGUGAAAAUUGACUAAGAAAGGCCAGACCAGGGGAGCUGAGGAUCAUUUAUUUUGUUUGUUAAACUGGAACUUGCACAGUUUAAACUGCAAGGAGACAUUGGGUUAACUCUGGGUAAAAUGUGGGUUCCAUUCAUGGAAGUUUAAAGCAACAUCUGUUUCCCUUGAUCCUGAGUUCAUCGACUGCUUCAACCAACUCUUCAGUAAAAGCUUGGAUUAUAUGCAGUAAGCAUUACUACAACACAGUGCUAAUCUUCCCACACAAACAUAGCUCAUUAAAGAAGAAUAGACUAGCUCUCUUCAGUGAAGAGGACAAAGUUUAUUUAAAAUUAUUUGUUCCAUUGUAAAGGAGGGAAAAAUCUGACUACUUAAAAUUAUUUGAGCCUCUGUUCUGAGAUGGUUAGCUUUCUGAACCAAAUAGAAAGGUAACUUCUGAAAAGUUGUGGAUCCUAGAUUUUGUGAACGUUACUCAAAAUCUUGCUAUGUUUUUGUAUUUUAUCAAUGUUGGGAACUUGCUGCAUUUAUUUUAAUUUGUGUAAAUUUGAAGGUUUAUGUAUACAGUAAUAGAGUGCACUUCAGUCAUGAAUAUAAUUGGACCAACUCAACUUCUAUAUCUUCUAUAUGAGACAUAAUUAUUUUUCGGCUUCAGUCCAUCCAAAGAGUGAAGACUAAGGACAGAGGUGAUCAUCUGCACUGAAAUUCACGGUAGUUAGUGUAUAAGAAAUGGUUACGCUGUUAGGAAGGCUGGUGAUCUGCUGGUGUUUUAUUAGACAGGUCUAAAUGAAAUAUAAUUGGGCGUGUAAACUAAUCUUUUUAUUUUGUUUUCCUCCUCUCCAAGAGUUAGUCUUGCAGCUUAGUCUUGUUUUAUGUUGCGGUGGGAAUGAAGGCUUACUUAAGGUAAUAUGAAAGGGGGUAAUAAAUGUAUAUAACCUUAUAAUGUAACUUUAGACGUAGAACCCAGAUUUAUUUGGAUGUACAGAUUUAUUACAUAGUACUUUUUCUGAUAACAAAUUAAUUUGGUGUAUAAAUGUGUGACAAUUUUUGGGUGGCUUUUUACAUCUUGCCUGCCAUUGCAUGAAGAUGGUACCUCCAUUAUAGGUGUGGAUGUUACUCUUGACUCCUUUAGUAUUUUUCCAAUUCUGUCUCUGAAGGCUCAACAAAAUUGUAAUUUAGAAUCUAAAAUUUUGUUAAUCCUACCUGAGCACUCAGCUCAUGCAUUGUCAGGAGCAUUACUGCUUAAAGGAAUGUUCAGGAAUAAUGAAAACAAAAUAAAACUUUUCAGAUGUAAGUCUUUUUUGUUGUCCUUGAAAUGAAAUGGUUGCCGAGCAUGUAGAUUAAUUUCAAAAACCGAAACACAAUUCUGCAAUAUUGAAAUCUCAAAAGGUUGGCUAGACUAGGGUUGUUGCCUUCCCAGUGAAGCUGACAGUGUAAUAGGGUCACAAUAUUAGCAAUGUUGUCCGUGUUUCAGAUCACCACUGUCCAUUAGUCCAAGGGUUUGUUCCAGGUUUUGGGUGUUGAAUUAUACUCUUCCUCAGAUGGCCAAUGGUUGUGUGGAGGUAUUGAAGGUGAUAGAUGAAUUUUAUGAUUGAUGUCUACCUUUACUGAGAGAUGCCUUCACGGAUAUGACAAAUGGUCCAGGUUUUCCAGAGGUCUUGUCAUGAUCUUUAUUGUUCAGAUCUGUUUUUCAGCUGCACAAAUUGCAAGAUGACAUUUAUGCUUCUUGUGUUGAGUGCAAGGCCCAUCCUCUUGUAUCUUCAGUGAAUGUGUCAUAGUGACUUGGAACAUGCCUUCAAUGCACACUGGAGCUCCAUUUCCAGAGUUGGGGUAGUGUUGUAAUUGAAGUUUGAACCAUUUGCCUUUGUCCUGUUGCUUUUUUUCACAAAAUCGUUGGGUAUAAGGUGCAGCAUUGUGGCAAGGAAGAUAGAUUGAUAUGGGGUAAUGGUGUGCCUAGCCUGAUACCAGUUUGCACUGUGGUUAGCUUUAUUUUAGAUACAUUAGUUAAGAUCAUUGAGUGCAUCCCAUCUGAAGUUGGCAUAAGACAGAGAUGAAUUUCUGUGAGCUAGAUUUGAGAAUGAUGCUUCAUUGAAUGAUUCAGCUGAGUUACAACCUGUUUUAAGAUAAAGUUUUGUACAACGAUGUUAUUCUCUGCAUUUUUCUUGGAAGUUGUUGAACAGCAAUCAUAUCCACUGUGCCUCUAGAUCAGGGGUUCCCAACCUGGGGUCCACAGACCUCUUGUUUAAUGGUAUUGGUCUGUGGUAUAAAAAAAGUUUGGGAAUCCCUGCUCUAGGUGGAAGGAAUUUAUGCUGGUUAUGAGAACAGCUGUAUAACCAUCGAGGGAAGGUGAAUAAGAACCCUGGGAAUGAUUUUCCUUGUGAUAGAUAAUAGGAAGUUCCUCUGGUGUCUCAGCAAUUCAGGAGCUAAUUCAUUAUAAAUACAAAGCACUCCAGGUUUGGAAGCAUCACUGCACCUUUUGGAAAGAGACACUUGAAGGCAGAGAUCCACUGGAAAACCUAUGAGCCAAAGGACCUAGUGGGUGAGAAGAAUUCAGGAUGUUUACCAUGAAUUAAGUUGAUUCUUCACUUGUAUCAUGUUUGUCCACAGCCGGAAAUCCUCACCAUCCCACUAACUGAGAGCGAAGAAUGGUGUAAGUUAAUCAAGAACAGAGAAGUGGUCAGUGCCCACUAGAAUGGAUACUUUGAGUGCCUCUACAAUAGUCACUUGAAUACCCUUGACUCCAUUCCAAAACAAGCUAUGCAGUCGUGCUCACCAACAAGAUCAAAACAGCCACAUGCUCAAUGAAAAACAAGAUCUUGGGAGCAGAUGUUAUCCCUGUUGAACUAAUUAAGCUUGGUGGAAAGGAAUUUCAGUCACAAAUUCCCCAUGUCUGAAGAGGGCAGAUGGUCUCCCACGACAGCACUUCAGAUGUUAUAACUUUGCAUUAUGGAUCUGAAAACAGUUAGGUAAUUCUUAAAAAAAAUUAAAUUUAAUUUUUUUAAAAAUCCUUUGGCAUAGGGACCCUGUUCAAGGGUGGUUGUAAAGGAUCAAUGGUACUGCUUUGAAUAAGAGCUCAGGGAAGUUAUUAAGGUUCAAGGUUCAUUUUAUUGUCAAAAGUAUGCAUAUACAACACAACUUUAAUAUUUGUCUUCUCCAGAAAGCCAUGAAAUAUACAUGAAAAAGUAAAAGAAACAAAAGUCACAAACUCCAGAAUCCCCCACCCCCUCCCCUGCAGAAAAAAACAAGAGUGACCGUAACAAUCCUCAACAUCCUUGCCCACAGGAAAAACAACAGUACAAUCCUUGAUCCCCUUGCUUAUAGAAAAAAAGACAGCAACAAAAGCAACCAAUCCCUCCACCACAGGAAAAAAAAACAAUGACCAACCCCCUCACUCACAAAUAAGAACAAUGACAGUGGCAUCAAAAAACCACACAUGAAGAGCUUACAGAUCACCUACCCCAUGGCCGGCUGGUGGCGCAGUGGCAUCAGCGCCGGGCUCUGGAGUUCGAAUCCAAGUCAGGCCACUCCUGAGCGUGUGCCGGGUUGAGUGUGGCCACUCAGCCUCAUUAUUAAAAAAAGGGGGGUUUAGUCAGGAACGUUCAUAUCAUGACCCGGUGAAUCUGAAAGGAGACCAAUCCUGACACCAUGCGCCGGACAAGAAUGGCUGGCUGACUGGUGUGACAUGCUUUAAAAAAACCCAUCUGCCAAUAGAGCACAAGAAACAAGACACUGAAAAAUUGAAGGAAGCCAAUAUAAAGUACAGGCCAAUCUCAUAAAUCUUGGAACAUUGAACAUUGAACUGUCCUGCUGUGAUUCAGAACUCAUGUCUGACCAAAUGGUGGAAGUUGGGAGUGAUCGCUGACCAGGUCCGAAUGCCUUCACCUCGAUUCUUCAUCACUGCUUCGAGAUGGAGUCAUUCAUGACCUCAUGUUCCAUCCUGAUUUUUUUCAAUGAGUCAGUUUGUGUUCUCAGUCCUUUUCAGGCCCUCGUCUCUGUUUUCCGUGAGGCAGCUCUCUGGGCAUAACACAGUGCUGGGUCCUUUGAUCGCAAUCCAAAUUGUACAUCAUAGGCACCAACAGUUUCUGUAAUACAAGCAAUACAAAAAGAACAAGCUGAAGAUGUUUUUAAAAAAAGUGAAAUAAUUUUAAAUGAUUUUCUAUCUGGAAGAUGUCGCCUGACGAAUUAUUGUUCACUGGUGUCAUCUUGACUGUCAGUAAACCAAAGUACUACAUAUACUGCAAACCGGAUUUUGUGGGGGGGGGGGGAGGAGUGUGAGGGAACUGGAAGUUUAAAGUAAAAUACACAGAAUGCUAGAGGAACUCAGCAGGUCUGGCGGCAUCUAUGGAAAUGAAUAAACAAUCAACAUUUCGGGCAGAGACCUUCAUCGAUGUUUAAAGUACUCAGUACAUUGGGGUCAGAACUGCUGCUGUCUAUUAGCUCUAGGAGCCUGGGUUCAAUCCUGGACUCGGGUACUGUCUGUGUGGAGUUUGCAUGUUCUUUCUGUGACUUUGGAUUGGAAGGUUAAUUGUCCUCUGAAAAUUGCCUCUGGUGUGGUGGUGAAUCGUGAAAUCGGGGGGGGGGGGGUGGAUUUUCAUGGAAAGUCAGCAUAAUAAUGUAAAUAUGUGCUUAGUUGAUGUUUCCAUGCAGUAUCACUGAGAGAAACAAUUAACAUUUCAUACAUUGUCAUGGCAUUAGCGGUGACUAAAUAUUGGAUGUUGGAGUGAGCAGGUGUGGCAUCAGACUGCAUAUAAUACUGAAUUUUUUUAAAAAAACGAAGCGCCAGAAAUGCUCAGCAGGUCAGGCGGCAUAUGUGGGAAAUAACACAGAAUUAACAUUUCAGGCCGAAGAUGCUUUGUCAGAACUCAUGGCAUUAAGAGAUGAGAGGGCAUGAAUGGGACUGGGUUGGUUAGAAACAGAGGCAUUACCUUUGAAACUUCCCGAUCCAUUGCACCUUUUCUCAGCUUGUCUCUUGAUGCAGUUGUAUUGAAAGUAGAAUGUAUGUCUCAACUCAACUUGAGUUGAUAAUAGCCAUUUGAAUCUACACCAUUCCUUUACAUUGUUGAACAAUUUAAAGUACUUUUAACUGGAAGAUUCCUGUUGUAUUCUUGGUUUCACUUUUAUGCCUGUGUUCUGAAGCUCUCUUGAUACUAUAAUAUCACUUACUGUUUAUUGUGACAAUGAGCUGCAAAUAUAUUAUUUUUAUGUAUUACAUAUGGAACCAUUUUAAUUUUGGAUUGUUGCUAUGUUUAAGCAGCAUCUGUUGUUUAUUUUUGUAAAAAAAAAUAGGGUAAAUCAGAGGGCAAAUGAAUUCCUGAUUCUCAUGGAAAUGAUUGAUUUGUGCAUCACUGCAUCCUGAUAAUGCCUGAACUGAGGUGACAGUUGAGACUUAACCACAUUAUUUGUAGAGAAAUAUAUACUGUAUUCCUUUAAGUUAUUAAAAACCCAAUAGGAAAAGUGGUCUGUCCAUGGCUGAUUGGGGGGGGGGGGGGGGGUGUAAUUAAGUAUUUAAUUAAAUAUUUAUGGAAGAAAUAGUGACAGGCAUUAGGGGCAUGUAGAAUGCCAGUACCAUUGCUCUUUUUCAACAGCCAUCUCUGGGAUGUAAAUUAAUAAAUUUCACGACACAUGCUGGUGAUAAUAAACCUGAUUCUGAUUCUCAACUCAAACUUAUGAGUGCUUGUGUAAAUUAUGUAAUGUGUCCUCAUUAGAAUACCAAACUAUUUGGUGCUUCUAGAUGCUGAGAGGUCUAUGAUAUAAAAUGACAAUGUAGACUCCUAUACCUAUAAGGGUUUUGGGAAGUCCUAACUCAUUGCUUGGUUUGCUGGUGUCCAGGUGCACCAGAGUUGUAGUUCAUAAAGAAGCAAUGGAAUAAAGCUAUUAUUUAGGGGAUAUGUUUAAUCUCUGACCCAGUGGUUGUGGUGAACUACAUAUACCUGUCCGGACACACCCCCCUGCUGACUGCUCCUGUGGCUCCUCCCACAGACCCCGGUAUAAAGGCGAUUGAGGCCUGAGCCCUGCCCUCAGUCUCCAGGAUGUAGCGUGGUGGUCAAUUGCUGCUUGUUCUUUCUUCCAGUUAAUAAAAGCCAAUAUCUCGC